AAAGAAGAAGAAGAAGAAGAGAGAAGAGAGAAGACAAGAAUGCCUGAGUUAAAUCGCCUAGAGAAGGAUACGGGAAACAAGGAAAGCUCAAGUAGUUACUUACCCAAGCAUGUAAAUGAGACGUACUUGGAGAAAUGGUUACCUGUCACAGCUUCUCGUGAGGCAAAAUGGUAUUAUUCAGCCUUCCACAAUGUAACUGCAAUGGUGGGCGCCGGAGUCCUUGGCCUACCAUUUGCAAUGUCGCAACUCGGAUGGGUUCCUGGCAUCAUUGCAUUAUCUAUUUCAUGGACAGUCACAUUGUAUACUUUGUGGCAAAUGGUAGAACUGCAUGAGGAUAUACCCGGGAAGCGAUUAGAUCGCUACCAUGAAUUGGGUCAGCAUGCUUUUGGUCCGAGGUUAGGAUUUUGGAUUGUUAUGCCACAACAAGUGAUAGUUCAAGCAGCUUCAAACAUAGUGUAUAUGGUCACCGGCGCAAUAUCAUUGAAGAAGUUCUUCGAGAUAGUAUCCCUGAAAGUUGGCUCGAUUAGGAAGACAUAUUUCAUCCUCAUCUUCGCAUUUGUGCAACUGAUACUUUCUCAAUCUCCAAAUUUCAAUUCUCUAAAAUCCGUUUCGUUGCUCGCCGCAGUGAUGUCUUUUAGUUACUCUGCAAUAGCUUUCAUCACUUCGAUUCUGAAGGGCAGACAUCCAGGCAGUCAUUAUGGGGUUCGAUCAUCAACUUCGGCAGACAUUACAUUCGAUGUAUUCAGUGCGUUGGGAACAGUUGCAUUUGCUUAUGCGGGACACAGCGUCGUCUUAGAAAUUCAAGCGACGAUGCCCACCUCCGAAGAGAAUCCAUCCAAGAUACCGAUGUGGCGAGGCGUUUUGGUUGCAUAUGCCAUUGUUGCUGUUUGUUAUUUCUCAGUUGCUUUGUCUGGCUAUUGGGCAUUCGGAAAUUUUGUAGAAGACGAUAUCCUCCUUUCAUUAGAGAGACCUCCUUGGCUCAUUGCAAUGGCUAAUUUCAUGGUGUUUUUACAUGUUGUAGGGAGUUAUCAGGUCUUUGCCAUGCCCCUCUUUGACAUGAUUGAAACCUUGCUCGUGAAGAAACUAAAAUUCACUCCAGGACUUCCUAUCCGCCUUGUUGGGCGUAGUUCAUAUGUUGCUUUCACAGCACUCAUUGCAGUGUGCAUCCCCUUCUUCGGCGGACUACUUGGGUUCUUCGGAGGGCUAGUGUUUGCACCCAAUUCAUAUUUUCUCCCUUGCAUCAUAUGGCUCGUCCUCCGCAAGCCAAAGCCAUUCAGCUUCCAUUGGACAUUGUCAUGGUUCGCGAUCAUCAGUGGGAUGCUACUAAUGAUCUUAGCACCUAUCGGAGGACUACGGAAAAUCAUUCUUGACGCAAAGACAUUCAAGUUCUUCUCAUAGUUUAUAUGAGUGCAGCACUUCGUUUGCAGAUGCUAAUCAUUCUAAUUCAGGAUUAGAUUAGUUGUUAAUAUGACUUGUUUUGUAAUCAACUUGUAAGAGUCUUUGCUUUAGGAAUGUAAACUUUCAGAGAGAGAGAGAGAGAGAGAGACAGAG